AUGACGGCGGGCACAGUCCACGCACGUCUGCUACAGGAGCGCAUCGAGAGCGUCCGUGAGCAGCUGACAGAGCUGCAGGACCAAGUGGACCGCUACGAGACUGUGGCAAAGACACUGACAGAGCUGCCGAAGAAGCUCACGCACAAGGUCAUGGUCCCUAUGGGGAAACGGGCGAUGGUUCCUGGCAAGAUUGUGCGCUCGAAUGAAGUGCUGGUGCACUUGGGCGAUGAGUACUUUGCGUGGCGCUCGACGUCUCAAGCUAUUGAGCUGAUUGAGCGGAAGCAGAAGGAGCGGCAAAAGCAGAUUGAGACGCAAGAGGAGGUUUUGCGGGAGUUGAGUGGUAAAGAGACGGACGUAAGCAGUAUCGUGCAGAUGAAAAAGAUGUACGAGGCUGAGAACAUUUGUGAGAUCAAAGAGACAGAGGAGCAGAGUGAACUGGCGCCGGUGCCAGUCGCCACGGAAGAAGAUGUUUUGAGUUACUUUGAGUUAGAAGAAGAGGAACGACUGAAGCAAGAGAAGGCGUCGUGGAACUGGAACGACAUGAUGAAGCGGAUGGAAAGUCUGGAAGCACUUGAGGCUGCUGGCGAACGCAUGGAUGUAGUAACAAACGAGGACGAGACGGUGGAAGCUCAGGCAGUCGCGCUGAAGGUCAAGGGGAAUGAAGCGUUUGCGCGGCGACGUGUACAGGAAGCAGCUCAGUAUUAUUCCCAAGCUAUUGAGUUGGACCCGACCUCUCAUAUUUUGUACGGCAAUCGUGCUGCAGCAUACCAUCGAUUGAAGAAGUACAAGCUGGCAUUGAAGGAUGCUGACGUUGCCGUCUCUCUCCAUGAGCCGUGGGUGAAAGGGCAUUAUCGCAGAGCCUGUGCUCUGGCAGCGUUGGAGCAGUUCGGGGAAGCUGCUGAAGCGUUUGAGCGUGCAAUGGAGCUGUGUCCCACAGAUGACAAGCUGAAAGAGAAGGCAAAGCUAAUGCGCGAAAAGGCGAGCGCCCUGAUGGACAGUAGUAAGCACGGAAAAGAUGCUCCGUCACUGGAAUUGAAAGUUGUAUCAGCGCCAGUGAGCCCCGAGCCAAACGCAGCUUCUCCGGUGUCGCUUAAGCCACCAGUCUCAAUAGCGUCGUCAUCCUCGUCUACUUCAUCCUCUUCUGCAUUUUCGGGCAGUGUCAUGGAGCGUGAGAUCAUGGAAAAGGCGCCAUCGACUGCGGGUUUGCCCGUAUCGUCCUCGAUACCGCGGUAUUCUCGCUUUAACGGCGCUAACUACACUGGUCAAACGGUGACCUUGGAGCAAGUUGGCGAAGCGCAACCCGUGAAUCGAGUGUCCCGCUUUAAAGCUGCACGAGCGGCUCGAGGAUCAAGCUGA